AUGAACCAUUCAACUGAUGAAACCACUCGGUUAUUAAGCAACCGUAUAACGUCAUCAUCGGCCGAUGAGGAUGAUCUUGAAGAAAUGUAUCAUAGGCAUAACUUAGCAUUGCCUAAAGGACCGAUUCUUUAUUCACUAUGGAUGGGUAGUUUCUUGGGAUCGUUAGACUCCACCAUUGUUGCUAAUAUUAUGAACAAAGUUGCUGAAGAAUUUGAAGAAUCUGACAAGAAGCAAUGGAUUGUGACAAGUUUCUUAUUGACUAAUACUGCUUUCCAGCCGUUGUAUGGUAAGCUGUCGGAUUUAGCAGGUAGAAAAACGGCAUUAAUGGUAGCUCAUUCGUUCUUCCUUGUCGGAUGUCUGUUCACAGCUCUUUCUCGUAAUUUGGUCGAAUUUUCCAUUGCCAGAGCAGUAUGCGGUAUGGGAGCAGGAGGUAUCAGUGCACUCAGUAGCAUCAGUGUAAGCGAUAUUUGUACCCCAAAGGAGAGAGGCGUGUACCAGGGAUAUGCGAAUGUUGUAUUUGGUACAGGGUCAAUGUUAGGUGGCCCUAUUGGUGGUUGGCUCAUGGAUUCUUUUGGGUGGAAGGUUAUAUUUGCUGGACAGGUUCCAUUGAUCAUGACUUGUAUGUUCCUUGGAUACAGAAACGUGAAUAUCAAGUUGUUGCACGUUCCACCAAGACAUGAACGCUAUAGAUGGGAAAACAUAAAACGGAUUGAUCUUGGAGGCUCGAUCUCUUUGAUUGGUACGAUAUCAGGGUUCUUAUGUCUAUGUUCUACGGACCUUAAUAAACCAUUGUUAGCAACACUGACACUGCUUUCACUUGUAUUAUUUAUUAUGAACGAAUUAUACUGGGCCCCUGAACGUAUCAUCCCUACCGAUCUACUUUCAGGAACGUUCGGAAUAACCUCGUUACUAACGGUCUUUUCCUCCUUUAUUGCGUUCGGUGAUGUGUUUAGGAAUCCCGUAUACCUUCAAUUAGUCCAAAACAUUUCUCCUACCAGCACCGGUGGGUUCCUAUUGUUUUCCAGCAUAUCAAGUGCCCUUGCAAGUCUAGCUACUGGGUGGAUCUUGAGAAAUACGAGCCUAGGUCUAGCUACUUGUUCAUAUCUGUUGAUUACCAUUGCUGUCUGUCUACAUUUCAUUUCCCUUUCAUUGGGUUAUACUACCAUAUCACACCUGGAACCGAACCCUACAUCCCAUGUCAGCGCUUUAGACACUAGUGGUACCAAUUACUGGUUCACUUCAAAUCAGUUCAGGUGGAGAGUCCUUUACGUUAUAGCAAUGAUCUUGAACAGUUGGGGUUACGCAUCACUCUUGGUAGCAACGUUGGUUAGUAUUGUAUUCACUAUUCCCAAAUCUCAACAGGCCACUAUCACCGGCUGUUUCUACUUAUGGAGAUCUAUUGGUACUGUUCUUGGAGCCAGUUCUGUUCUCACUAUUUUUGAAUCUUCGGCAACCACUAAGUUAUACCAAUAUUUGCAUCCGAUUAACAUGGAUAAAGAGUACGAGUCACUAAUUCACGAUACUAGUUUCCUAAGAAAUCAUUUUAGUGGAAAGAUAUUGCGUGAUUUGUUAGAAAUCUACAACGAAUCCUUUUUGAUCUCCUACAUUCCUACAUUUGCAGUUAGCAUACUCGCAUUGAUCAUCGCAUUCAAGCUAUUCAUUUCCUGCGAUAAAGAAGUUACAGAAACGAAAGACGACUCAUCCGAUUCAAGUUGA